AGCUUCCAGGUCCUUUUGUGCUCCGUGUAUCAAAAAAAAAAAAAGAUCAAAUCCUUCCCUCCCCCAGAUCGCAACUAUUUAGGGCUUUCGCUCCGGAUCGCAAGGGUCCCGAAACGGUCAAUGGCCACGCAGCGCGCAUGCUAGGAGUCAGCAGCCACCCUCUUCCGGGGCGAUGGGCAACACCAGCAUCACCGAGGGCAAGACUGCCCUGGCUGUGGGAAGCACUUCCAUCGCCAGGGGGAAGACCACCGUCGCCAUGGGCAACUCCUCCAUCUUCCGCGGAGUGACCACCACCUCCAUGGGAGACUCCACCAUCCAGAGGCAGAAAACCACCGUGGCUCUCGGACGAGCCAGCUUCAGCCGAGGGACCACGACCACCUCCUUCCGCAAGGCGCUCAUGCCCAAGCGUAGGAACACCUAGAUGGAGCGCACCCCAGGAGCCGGCACCGCAGCACAUAAGAAGAAGUCUAAAAUCGACUCUGAGAGCGAGUGGAAGACCAGCUAUUCAUCCAGCAGAACUUCCUUCAGCAAAGGGAAACUUUCCCUGCUGGGCACCAAGUACGCCAUCUCCUGGGGCCAAUUCUUCAUCUCCUGGAGCAGAAGCACGCUAACUUUGGGGAAGAGCGGAGUAGCCGUAGGCAAGACCUCGGUCACACGGGGUGGGACCACCAGCACCAUCACCACGCUGACCUUCAACCACGGGACCAAGUGCGCAUCUGUGGUCAGGACCACCCUCAGCAGGGGCGACAAGACCCACAGUCAUGUCUACUGGAAUUACCGGCCGUGAAUCCAGCACAUAAAAAAAAAGAAAAACGGGGAGAUGUACGUCUCAAUCCAGUAUGUACUCCCAAAAGAAAAUCAAAGAUAAAAGACGGACAUGUCGCUCUGGUCUGUUUUCGUCAAGUGUGUCACGGUGCUCGUUUUUUAGGGUGAGGCGGAGUUUUAUGGUGUAUCAGCAAGUUGAAAGAAUUGUGUGGAAUCAUUGAGAAGUUUAACCAGGGGGGGGGGGGGGUGUUUGAAAAGAUAAGAGUGCGCUUUAAUCAGCAACCAUUUAAUGCACAAUUCAAUGUUUAUCAUUGGUUUGGUUGUCGGAUUUUACGUUUUGAACCACAAUACUAUUUAUCACGUUUUCUAACUCUGCUUGUCUUGUUUGCGACCAAUCUGUAAUGACUUGCGAAUGGAUAAUAAAAUCCAUUUCAAUGAACUGCA